AUGGAGUUCGGAUUCGAGACAACUGGAGCAGAAAUCGUGAAUCAUUUCAAAGAAAGUGUCGUCGGCAAGACGUUCCUUAUCACUGGUCCAAGUCCAGGGGGAAUCGGCGCAGAAACGGCUUCCAGCCUCGCAGCAGCUAGUCCCAAGCACUUGAUUCUGGCUGGACGAUCGCAAGAGAAGAUUUACCCUCUCAUGGACCAGAUCCAUCGAGACCACCCUCAUGUCAAAAUCACAUUUGUUCAGCUGAGCCUAGGAGACAAGAACUCUGUCCGGCAGGCAGUUGAGGAAGUGAAAACAGUUCUGAGUGGGGAUGGGGACAAGAUCGAUGUCCUCAUCUUGAACGCAGCAAUUAUGGCAGCACCGUAUGCUCUGCUGGAAAACGGUUUGGAGUCUCAGUUCGCGACCAACCACCUGGGUCAUUUCCUCUUUACGAAUCUGCUGCUGAAGGCCGAUCUCAUUGGGUCCAGAAUCGUCGUGGUCAGCAGCUCGGUCACGCACCGACGGCUGGACUCGCUUAUGCACCACCUCAAAGACUUGUCUUACCAUCAAGGCAAAACGUACGACCCGAUGACGGCGUAUACAGUAUCGAAAGCGUGCAACCUCCUCUACGCCAAGCGGCUGGCUAAGAUGCUCAAGAAAAAGAAAAUCUCGGUCUUCAGUCUGAACCCCGGAAGUAUUCGGACCAAUCUUCAGGGCUAUCUUACCGAGGAGGUGAUAGCCAACACUAUCGAGGCAAUGAAGGCAGAUAACCCCAACUGGACGGUGCCGGUGCACAAAACUCUACAACAGGGUUGUGCUACGCAAUUGCGUGCCGCCUUGGACCCAAGUCUGGUGUCUGAAAGUGGUGCGUACCUUGAUGAUUGUCAGGUCGUGACUCUCCCAGAACACAAGGACGCAGAGGCGUACAUUGACGAAGUGUGGGCAUUUAGUGAGAAGCUGGUGGGUGAAGAGUUUAGCUUCUGA